UAUUUCUAGAGAGGGCUAUUUUGUUUAACGUAAGCCGGGAAAAUGGCGAUACUCACCAAACUUCUGUACUCAGCAGUUUGCAUUGCUGUCAUAUUAUACGGCAUUAUAGAUGUCCUUACAAAUUAUGAACAGAAUAAAUGUCAUAUGACGUUCAUGUUCGAACAACCGGAAUAUUUGGAGAUUCCCCUAAGCAAGCCUAUUAAAGAAAAGUUUCCUCGAUACAACUUGUAUGUAUAUGGUGAAGGAGUUUAUGCCAGAAACCUGGAGAAGAUGAAUUUUCAAGGCAUUCCAGUUUUAUUUAUACCUGGAAACUCAGGCAGCCAUAAGCAAGCCCGUUCUCUAGCAUCUGUGUCCCUCAGAAGAGCCAUGGACAAGAGAACAUACUUCUUCUUCAACUAUUUCACAGUAGAUUUUAAUGAGGAUUUAACUGCGCUCUUUGGUGGUGUACUUCAAGAUCAAACAGAGUUUGUUCACACUUGUAUAAAGAAAAUCCUGAGACUGUACAAGAAUGCUGAGAACAAACCGUCCACAGUUUUAUUGGUUGGUCAUUCUAUGGGAGGAAUGAUUGCCAGAGCUUUGUUUACUUUACCUGACUUUGAUCACAAACUUGUCAACACCAUUAUCACGCAGUCCACCCCUCAUCAAAUUCCAGUGUUGUCUGUAGACUCCUAUAUGGCCAGUUUCUACAGGAGAGUCAACAGCUACUGGAGGGAGUAUGGUGCCACCAAUCUAAGUCAUGUGACGGUGGUCUCCACCGGCGGUGGCCACAGAGAUUACCAGGUCCGCAAUGGACUCAGCUCACUCAAGGGGAUCAUUGAUCCAUCAAGAGGGAUCAGCUCAUCAACCAUUUCCAUGCCAAAGGCUUGGGUCUCCACGGAUCAUCUUUGUGCUGUAUGGUGUAAGGAAGUUGUCAUGGCAACAGUGAGAGCAAUAUUUGAUAUUGUGGAUACAUCUACCAAUCAGAUUUCUACAGAAGCAGAUCGUAGAAUGGACGUCUUUCGUCAUUACUUCCUGUCCCACUCUGGAGCCAAAAGAUACACAAGGACCUGGACAAAGGAAAUCACGUUAGAUCCUACAGCCACAUGGAUGAUGGAGAAUGAUCUCACUUGGGAAUUUGCAAGGGACAAGGUGAAAGAUCCGACCUAUAUAUCUGUUCCCAUUGUCAGAGAAAGGGAGGACACUUUUGUAGCAGUGUCAGACAUUGAUGCAAGUGAUUGGAUUUGUGUCUGCAAGAGUGAAACUGGAGAUGGCAGAUGCAAAAAAUGUAAGAAUUUAUCAAAAAAUGGAGAAGCCAUUCCACCAAGUGACUCAGGAAGAAAGGUUAUACAUAUCAACUUAAAGAAACACAAGUCAAUGACCCACCUUGUUAUUAUAGUCCCAAGGACACAUGAAAAGGUAGAGGUGAUGGGAGACAUUUAUCGUAGAGACGACAGACACCUGAGUUAUCGAAUGCCUGGUUUUAUGGACAUGCUGAUGACCUACCCUGAGAGCGUGACCCAGGGGACCGGGAUCCUCACCCUCUUCAAUGACACCCUUUUCUAUGACCUUCACCUUCUUAAUAUGGAUCUGACUCUCAAGGCCUUUACUGUGAAACUUGAGCCAAGAAAAUGUUCCUCAGCUAAACCAGAUUUACAUGAUGGUUAUAUGAUGAAACUCCAUGUCCCAGGCAGUAAUGAAGACACUAUCUCAUUUAACAAAUUAAGUGAGACUGGGUAUCUUCCACUGAAGCUACAGAGUGGUAGCAUAGAUAACAGUAAGGAUGUGGAACUUAAAGUGUAUACAGACCCCACAUGUUCCUACCAACUCAUGAUAUUAGUAUCACCUGUACAAAUGUUAGGGCAGUUUGUUCGUUUCUAUGGAACCUUGUUGCCUGCUUUUAUGGUGGCUGUCCUAUUGAUGGGAGUUGUGCAUCAACUCAGAUGUAUGGCAAAAGAUGGGAUUUGUCCAGCUUUAUCAGAUGCCAUCUCAGACAAUGGAAAGCCUUACUUCAUCAUACCAGUUGUCAUGUUUCUCAACUUUAUUUUACAACUUCCAAUCAUUCAGCAUAUAUUAGGAGAGAACAGUUGUCUAUUGCCAGACACCAAAGAAUUGACCAAUCAGGGUCUGAUGUUGCGACCUUUGCCCUUGCUGCUGUAUUUGAUUGCCCUGGGACUAGUCAACUUCCAGUGUCUAGUGAUUGACCUGGGAAUGAAAUUUCUGAGUCGUGUUGCCAGUCUUCUUCUCUCAUGUUGUCCUGUUCCGGCCAGUGGUGAUAGAUUAGUACAAACAUUCCUAGUGUUAGCCUUAGUGUUAUCUGGUGGACUCUGUGGUACACUGGGUCUUAUUAUCUGCUACUUCAUCUGUAUUGUUAAGGUGCUGAGGACCUAUCACAUUUUACGUCAGAACAUCCUAGAGUCCCGUAUACAGUCUCGCUAUAAUUUAUACCUGACUGUUCUACUCCUGUUAAUGUGGGUGACGGCCCUAAACUUACCUCCACUGAUUGUGUGGCUCAGGAAUAUACAGUUAAAUUUUAUAUUCAGCGACCCCAGCUGUGUGACGGCCAUUGUCUGUAUCCUGUCCGUGGGAGCCCUGUUUAUAUGUGAUGAUCCUCCCUCUGGAAGGAAAUGAUCAUUGGACCACUAUUUCCCGUCCUGUAUAGCUGUGUAUAUCCUAACCAUCUUACUGGUGUUGUAUGGGACCCUAUCCACCUACAGAAUAUCCUACUUCAUCAUGUGUGCUCUAAUCAUGAUUGCUGUGCCACAGGUUGUUAACAAAGUAACAUCAGCCCAGGAAAAGAAAGACACAAACAUGUAGUGUUAAACCGAUCUCAUAGUAAAACUAAAAAAGGAUUUUUUUUAUUUUUGAAAAACUGCAAUGAUGUCUAAUCAGUGUGUAAAGAAACUAGAUAUUUUUUUACUAAUUUUGAUUUUUUUCCCCUGAUUUUUUGUUGUGAUUGCCAAAAGUGAUUGAUACUCAAGACAAUAUUUCUAUGAUGGAUUCAUUGGAAAUACAUGUACAUAAACAUACAUGUUUCAUACAAUUUUAUUCUUUGAUAUAUCAUGGUUUGAUUUUCAGUGGUGCAUAUCACAAUAAUUUCUUUCAUUUUAAUCUUAUUUAAGACACUUGUCCGGAGACGUGAUUUAGUGUUAUGUUAAGACCAUACGGGAUUUACACAUUUGCACAUUCCAGUUUUAAGUUUCUUCUUUUGUUUACCACAUGAAAUGUGGAUUUGUAAAUCUUUUAUUUUAUGAUGCAACCAAAGGUGCAAUAUAUGAUUUUCAUUUUGAUAUAACACGUUUUUUUACCACAUGACAUGCAAACUGAGUAAUGAAACAUUUCUGAAAGAAAACCAUGUCAAUAAAUCUCUUGAU